AUGCCGAGGCGUUUGAUCUCUCCGUCGCCCCGGCUACUGAAUGAUAAAAUAUUACCUUGCCUGAACGCUUCUUGGAUUGAGACCUCAGUGAAGGGGAAGGUUGCAGAAAUGGAGGGGGAGGUGGCAGAGGUUAAGGGGGAGGUUGCAGAAAUCGAGGGGGAGGUGGAAGAGGUGAAGGAGGAAGUGGCGGAGGUGAAGGAAAAGAUGGCAGAAGUAAAGGGGGAGCUGGCAGCAGCAGUGGUGGAGAAGAGCCGCAUGCCUUGCAUAGUCAUGCCUCGGAGGACUGCAGUGGUCAUGCUGCUGCUGGCUUUCCUCCUUGGCGCUGCCAUCGUGUAUUUUGGGUGA